ACAACGCCUAGAGACGAAUGUGCAGUUUCUACGACAUUGCGCAUUUUGCAUAAUAACUAGUUUCAAAGAAUGGAACGUAAAAUACAAACUGCUUGGUUUGUUUGGUGUGCAUUAUGUGGCUCACUUCUUCCGACCGCUAUCGCAACCAUCCCCGAGUCUGUGUGUGGGCGCGCCGGGCAGCUGUUGGGUGAUUGCUUCAAAAAUUUCACCCCAACCAUCACCGUCGAGGCGCUGCAAGCGGUGAAAAUUCCAGACUCGCUGGAGGAAAUCAACAACCGAUGUGUCAUCUUCAACCGUGGAAUGGAAUGCGUCGACCGGUACCUGAGGAAGUGCGUCAACGCGCGGUAUCGAAAAAUCAUCGAAAACGAAGUCUACGGUGCUCAGAAGCUGUACGAGUUCCUGUGCUACGACCAGGUGUUCCAAAGAGAGUUCCUGCGACACAAACAGUGCUUCCUUCAGGUGCAUCCGGAGUGGGAUCUGUGCUCGAACCAGUUUGUCGUUGUACUGAAGGACGAAAUCGUGCGCACCAACAGCUUAUCGAUGAACGUCCAGUACAUGCACUUUUGCUGUGCCCGAUAUGCGUACGAGAACUGCGUGUACAACAGCGCUCGGUUCAUAUGCCAACCGGACUCAGCUGUGUUUUUACGUCGGAUCGCCAAGCUCUUGUCGGCCGAUAAGCACUUCCUGAACUGUGAUAAGAUCGAACAUGAGCUUUGUUCUGGCGUAGAAUCACAACUUUCCCCACUGACAUCUAGCGUGCACUUCCCAUUACUCUCUCUGGUCAUGAUUAUCAUUUUCCGGUUUGUCUUGCGGUAAGUAAGAUGUCAUGCAGUUAACCAAACGACAAUGCAGGUAUACGAGCGAGUGAAACGAAACGUGUGAUGUGAAUGCAUGUGUUAUUGUUAUUUAUUUAAGAACGGCCUGGCCGUAUUUAGAAUGCAUGUGCUAACGCAAAGAAAACCAGUUAAAUGUGGAAAAUUGUCUUAUGUCAAUGAA